UCGGCCGCAGCAGCAGCGAGCAGCAGCAGACAGACAGGCAGCGGAGUUGGUACGAACAUCUUCGACUUCUCAAACCAAAAACACCUCGACUGCUCUUCAGCUGCCCCGCUUCACGGACAUGCCCCGGACUCACCGUUGUUCCUCGGGGGGAUUUACGUUGGAUUUUUAGCGCCCGAUCACUCCGGAAAAAGAUGCCUAAACGUGAAGUAAACAGCGUAGGAGAAAGUGUGCCUUGUUUGGAGCUGAACGGGUCGUGUGCCACAACAUAAAACUCGGAGCGCAUCAAGGCCAGCAGCAGCCUGUAGCACCAGUUAGCUCUCCUGCUAGCCUGCUAACGUUACAGGUGUUUUAGGCAGCAAAUACCCAAACCUAACUUGUAGCUGUAGUUAGCUGGCAGCAAGCUGAGCUCCAAUGUCGUCACUUAACACUUGACUAAAUGUGCCUAUUAUAAGCUUUUCGACAAACGCCAAGUAGCAAGUAUAACACUUAGCAACAUUGUUAUUAGCCGUUAGCUUUUCAGUUAGCCGCUGUUUACAGCAGCAGCGGGCUAGCCGCACUAGCCGCCAAGCUAGCGAGUUAACUUUAUAGCUACAUGUGCUUAUUUUAUGUUGUAGCUCAUAUUUUGUUAUUCAGCCCGACUCUGCUACGGACUUGCAGUGUGGUUUGGUGAUAUUCUUCGUAUUUGCAAGCCGGACAGUUUGAGUUUUUUUCACCGUGCCUGCCCCGGACUGACCCACCCACAAGGACUAUCUAUCCGGGGCCGAUGCUGACAGUUCAGCCCGGAUCACGGCAACGCCAGGAGCCGCUACAGCAAUGCAGCCCCAGCAGAUAUACGACUUUUCAAGUGACGAGAACAGUCACAAAUGGAGAGGCCUCUUCGUGCAAGCUUUGCGGAAGGUACAGAAGCAGGUCCACCCAAACCUCUUGGCGAAGGAGGAUGCCUUGCAGCACAUCGAGGAGCUGAUCCUGCAGCUGCUCAACAUGCUGUGUGUGGCCCAGCCUCGCUCCGUGCAGGACGUAGAGGAACGCGUCCAGAAAACCUUUCCUCACCCGAUAGAUAAGUGGGCCAUCGCUGACGCCCAGUCAGCCAUCGAAAAACGCAAGAGGAGAAACCCCUUACUUCUCCCUGUGGACAAGAUACACCCACUGCUCAAGGAGGUUUUGGGAUAUAAAGUGGACUACCAUGUUUCCCUGUACAUCGUGGCUGUGCUGGAAUACAUAUCAGCAGACAUACUGAAACUGGCGGGCAACUAUGUCGGCAACAUUCGGCACUAUGAAAUCAGCCAGCAGGACAUCAAGGUGUCCAUGUGUGCGGACAAGGUGUUGAUGGACAUGUUUGACCAGGAGGAGGACAUCGGCUUAAUGUCUCAGUGCACAGAGGAGCCGUCAUCCUCUGGGGAGCUCACGUACGACGACCUGGUGAGGCUUGAAAUCGCAGAGGAGCGUCAGUACCUGCGAGAGCUCGACCUCAUCAUCAAAGUGUUCCGCCAGCACUUCCUGUCCAACCCCAAAAUCUUCACACCUCAGGAUGUGGAGGUGAUCUUCAGUAACAUCCUGGACAUCCACGAGCUGACGGUGAAGCUGCUCGGACUGAUCGAGGACGCCGUGGAGAUGACCGCUGACGGCAGCCCUCAUCCGCUGGUGGGCAGCUGCUUUGAAGAUCUAGCAGAGGAGCAGGCGUUCGACCCCUACGAGACUUUGUCUCAGGAUAUCCUCAGUAAGGAUUUCCACGAGCACUUCAACAACCUGAUGGCACGGUCAACCGCCGGCCUUUACUUCCAGUCAGUUGCAGAAGGCUUCAAAGAAGCAGUCCAGUAUGUCCUUCCACAGCUGAUGAUGGUCCCAGUAUACCACUGUAUGCACUACUUUGAGCUACUGCAGCAACUUCAGGAGCGCAGUCAAGACCAAGACGACAGAGAAUGUCUGAAACAGGCGAUCACAGCGCUACUUAACCUUCAGUGUAGCGUGGAGCGCAUCUAUGCCAAGCACCAGCCUCGCCGUAAACCCGGUGAGCCCAUGUACCGCCUGUACAGCAGGCAGGUUCGUAGCAAACAACUCGCCAUCAAGCGCAUGAACGAGAUUCAGAAGAGCAUUGACGGCUGGGAGGGAAAAGACAUCGGUCAGUGCUGCAGCGAGUUCAUCCUGGAGGGUCCACUUUUACGAGCAGGCGCCAAGCACGAGAGACACAACUUCCUGUUUGACGGCCUGAUGAUAAGCUGCAAGGCCAAUCAGAGCUCACGGCUGCCGGGUUCAGGCAGCGGGGCGGAGUACCGCCUCAAGGAGAAGUUUGUGCUGAGGAAGAUCCGCAUCGUGGACCGCGAGGACUUGGCGGAGCUGCGGCACGCCUUUGAACUGAUAGGAAAAGAUGAAAACUGUGCGGUUUUCUGUGCACGGACAGCAGAUGAGAAGGCGGCGUGGAUGGCGGGGCUGGUGACUCUGCAGUACCGCUCCACUUUGGAUCGCAUGUUGGACACAGUGCUGCAGCACGAGGAGCAGGAGCAUCCUCUAAGACUGCCCUCCCCGGAGGUUUACCGCUUUGCUGUGCAGGACUCUGAAGAGAAUAUUGUGUUUGAGGACAAAGUGCAGAGCAAAACGGGCAUCCCCAUCAUAAAGGCCGGCACAGUGGUGAAGCUCAUAGAGAGGCUCACCUACCACAUGUAUGCUGAUCCUAAUUUUGUGCGCACGUUUCUCACCACAUACCGAUCAUUCUGCAAACCACAGGAGCUCCUCACCCUGCUGAUAGACAGAAUUGAGAUCCCUGAGCCAGAACCGACUGAGGAGGACCGACAGGCUCUCUGGAACGGUGACCAGCCGAUGGCGGCCGAGCUCCAGAGAUUCAGGAGGGAAUAUGUGCAGCCAGUCCAACUCAGGGUUCUCAACGUUUUCCGUCAGUGGGUCGAGCAUCAUUUCUACGACUUUGAGAACGAUCCGGAGCUGAGGAGUCGAUUGGAGGAGUACAUCACCAGCAAGAUUCAGCUGCGAGGGAAGUCUAUGAGAAAGUGGGUUGAAUCCAUCAACAAGAUCAUCAGGAGGAAGCUGCAGACACAGUCAAACGGUGUCAGUCACAACAUCACCUUCGAGAGCCCGCCUCCUCCCAUCGAGUGGCACAUCAGCAGAGCAGGACAGGCGGACUCGUUUGACCUCAUGACCCUUCAUCCUAUAGAGAUCGCCCGCCAGCUGACUCUGCUCGAAUCAGAGCUCUACAGAGCUGUCCGGCCGUCUGAGCUGGUCGGCAGCGUCUGGACCAAAGAGGACAAAGAGAAGAACUCGCCGAACCUGCUGCGCAUGAUUCGCCACACCACCAACCUCACGCUGUGGUUCGAGAAAUGUAUUGUAGAAACCAUGAACCUGGAAGAGAGGGUGGCCGUGUUGUCCCGAGUCAUCGAGAUUCUGCAGGUUUUCCAGGAGCUCAACAACUUCAACGGUGUGCUGGAGGUGGUCAGCGCCAUCAACUCUGUCCCAGUCUAUCGGCUCGACCACACCUUUGAGGCAAUACCAGAAAGGAAAAAGAAAAUCCUGGAAGAAGCUGUGGAACUGAGUCAGGACCACUUUAAGAAAUACUUGGCUAAACUCAAGUCAAUAAACCCGCCCUGUGUGCCUUUCUUUGGUAUCUAUUUAACCAACAUCCUGAAGACGGAGGAAGGCAACCCAGACUUCCUCAAACGUCACGGCAAAGAGCUGAUCAACUUCAGCAAGAGGAGGAAAGUGGCCGAAAUCACCGGAGAGAUCCAGCAGUAUCAGAACCAGCCGUACUGUCUGAAGGUGGAGCACGAAAUCAGGAGGUUCUUUGAGAACCUGAACCCGAUGGGAAACAGGAGUGAGACGGAGUUUGCGGACUACCUGUUCAAAAUGUCUCUGGAUAUUGAGCCACGGAACUGCAGGCAGGCUCCCCGAUUUCCCAGAAAGACCAUGUACACUCUGAAAUCCCCGGGGAUCCGGCCCGUGCGAACGUCUACCUCUGGCACCCUGAAGGGCCACCCCGUCCCCCUGGAGAGGGAGCCCCCACACAAGAUCACCUUCCGGAGCAUCGCCGAGACUGAGCCGGAGACGCCGGCGUCGGCCUCGGUGCCCACCUCCCCGAACACGCCGACCCCUCCGCAGUCGGCCUCCUCCGACCUCAGCUCAGUCUUCAUGGAGCACGACCUCAGCAGCUCCUACGGCGGUAGCAACUCCAUAUUUGCUCCUGUUCUUCUGCCGCCUUCAAAGUUCCAGUCUGUGUCUUGCGGCAGCCUCCACCAGCUCGGGGAGGAGCUGCUGAAGCCGCCUCCUCUGCCGCCACGAAGGAAAGACGCAAUGUCUGAAGCCAAACUGAGCUCCAGGUCCGACAGUCCCCCGGCCAUCCCUCCCCGGCUGCCUCCUCCUCUGCCCCGGAACCAGCCUCGACCGCCGGUCUACAACGGUCCCCCGAUGGACGGCCCCCUGCCCAGCCCUCCUCCUCCGCCGCCCCGCGACCCUCUGCCCGACACGCCGCCCCCGGUGCCCCAGCGGCCCCCGGAGAUCUUCAUCAACUACCCCCUCAACAUGCAGCCUUCCCCCGUGGGUCGAUACCACUGGGACUUUGGGAGCUCCCCCAGCUCCCCCAACACCCCGCCCAGCACGCCGUCGCCCCGCAUCCCCAGGCGGAGCUGCCCGCUCAGCGCCAGCCAGAACAGCCUCUACCCUCUUCCCGUCCCCAUCACCGCUCCACCUGUCCCCCCGCGCCACAACUCCAGCCCACAACUCCCCAAACUCCCACCAAAGACAUACAAAAGGGAGCUGCUGCAGCCGCCGCUACAAGGCCUCUCAUUGGUGGAGAACACCGACAGCAGCCAGUGAGUUAUUUCUGUUUUUUUUUUUCUUUUAGAGGUGAUCUUGAAAUGCAAACUUCAAAACCUGCAAACUACGACACAGUGGACUCAAAGCUACUGAUCAGAAAGAAUAACACUGCUCCACACUCUCUUAACUCGUCCCUCCCGCCCUCUGCAUCGACCAAUCACACCCCCCCGCUGUGCCUCUCAGGGGAUCAGUAGCUGCGCCUUCAUCACAAACCCUCUGUGCCAAUGAGAAACCCUCACCAGUGUGCCAGCUAAUAAACAACAAGGAGUGUUUGUGUGUUUGUUCUGUGCGGAGCGGGAACGUCUGCUCCUGAUUAAAGUUCUCACCCCUCCCACUCUUAACGUACCCCGCGUCCCGCUCCGCUGUCAGGGCGGGGCGACUCUGGGGGGGCCUUGGACUUUGUAGCCUCAAAUGUCAUGCUUUGUGUUUUUGGGCAUUGACAUCAUCUGGAGUCCUGCUGCAGCUCACAGAUUUUUAAGACCUCUCCUCCUCCUCAACGAUCCACUCAGACGUAGCUCUUUCACACGGUGGCUGUGAGCAGCAGACAUUUCCACUGACUCGUUUUUCCUAAAACAGUUGCCAAAGUCUUAUUUUAUGCAGGGGGAUAAGGGAUUUUUUUUUUUUUAAACAGAUGUGACAUUAACGGAGGCGACACUGAAUCCCCCACCUUGUAUCUCAACUGUACACUGUGACUGUAAAGACGAAAGUCAGACUGUUUUUUGUUUUUGUUUUUUUAAAUCCGAAGACAGGCCUCUCCGCAGCCACUAAAUGUUGCCUUUAAAAAACACAGUGGUGACCUCUGACCCCAUUCUCCAGUCCUCACGGCCCCGGAUGGGACAGCGAGAGCCGAGAACACUCCAUUUGCACAUCGAGUUUGGGCAGCAGGUUCGGAUUCGGAAAUAUCCCGACAGAGGGCCACGAUUAUCAAACAGCACCGAUCCAGGACGAGUUUUUCUCCAACUCUUUGAAAGCUGAUGUCUUAACCGAUCCCCUGAUAGACGUGCGCUGCUGUCUUGACACUGUGCUCUUCUCCCAAAAGCCCCCAGCUCUUCUUCAUUGGUGUUAAAGCUCAGCACUGGAAGCACGCAGCCUCCCACCAGAGCUGGGUCAGCUCCCCCCAGUGGCUGCUCGAAAAUACCUAAAAACCCAUGAAAAAGAGGAACUUUUUAACUUCUUCUUUCUGUCUUUUUCUCUUUUUUUUCCCGCUUGAAAACAUUUUCACUUUGGAAAAGACUGAAAUAAUCCAUGCAUCAUGCUCAGAUGUGCCUUUUAUUUUGUUUUCUACUUUACAGAAAUAAGCAAAUGGUGUCUAAAAUGCUAAAAAAUAAAGUUGCCUAUGUAAUGUUUAGAACAAAGCUAUACACUAUGAAAUUGUACAUGUUUGUGGAUACUGUGUAUAACAUGUAUACACUAACUAAAUAAUUUGUAUAAAGUGACAAGUUUUUUUUUCUCCCUGUUGUAUUGUACCCUCAUCCGCAUCUGUUCAGUCGAAUAUUGCCUAAUAAUCCUAUGCUGCUACAGUCGGAUUAAAAAAAAACUAAAAAACAAAACAAGAAAAAAACAGGUCACUGUCACUAACUUACUUACAGACAAUCUCCAGUUGAAACACUGGGAGUAUUAACUGAGGAAAGCCAUUUUUUUCUUCCCUGCCCCUUAGCUGUUUUAAAGCAAUGAAAAAAAAAAAUACAGUUCAAUAUGCCAAGCACUUACUUAGACGUGUGCUUCACUUUGUACAUCCUACUAAUUGCCUUUUCUCCUUUUCAAAGAUUUUUUAAUGCUAACACUCAUUAAACAGUGGUUGGAAUUGUAUUAAAGUUGCAGUUGAAUAUACAACGACCUAUAUUCAGCUGCAAGUAUUUGAGCAUAGUGAAGAAUUGGGACUUUUUCUUUUCUGAGAAACACACUUUGUGCACUUUAGGCUGUACUAUUGAAGAGCCACAGUUGUUAUAGGUCAUGUUUGUAAAUGCAAUGGUCCUAUGCAACUGCUCAAACUCACUUUCUACGUGGAUCAGGGCAGAAAAAUAACACGAGUCUACCACCUCACUUUUAACCCCAAACACCUGAGAAUGUCUGACCACCACAAGCUGGAUUUCAGCAAAAAAACUGAAUAAAUCACUCAUGCCCUUUUUUCCUCCUCCUAUCGACGAUGAUGGUGGAUUAUUAAACUUCAAACUAGAGAUAAAAGGGGAGUUUUGGAGGAAUUUUAAUCGACAGCUUAAGUCAAACCACUUUUCUGUCGUCACUCAUGUUUUGUCCAUUUCCCAAAGUUUCCCAAGCCAGAAUCAAUGGGGUUAAUUUUGCCAAAUUUGUCUUUUUGUUUUCUUUGUUGGAUUUUUUUUUUUAAAACCCCAACAGAAUAACAGAUUGGUUUUCCUCCGGUGGCGCUGUAACAGCUUGAUCCAGCAGUUGGUUUAUUUGAUGGUAUGUGGCCUUUUAACUGCUUUGUAUUAAUGGUCUUGAUGAGAUUAAUAAAUCACCCAGUCUUAUUUUGUACUGAA